UUGACUUCUCUCUGCACUUCCCAAGAGAAACCGGAGUCGCUAGCUCUGCCAAGCUAGCAGCGGGAAUCAAGAAAGUCCACCGGAACUAGAGGUUGUAUCCUCCGGAAUAAAAGCACCGCAGCUGGUCGAACGUUCCACGGCAAUGCAUCUUUCGCCGAGGAGGUUUUACUUUGAAAGUCCCGAUCAGAAGCGGCAAAUCAAGCUAGCGCUAGCUUGACUGUUAGUCCCACUUUACGCGUUUCAGGCGGAGUUCAGAUCUUAAAACAUUUGGCCAAGUUGUUCACCUCUCCACUUCUUCGUUCACAUAUUUGAACUGAGAUACCUUUCCCCCCUUGCCUUCCCUGGAGGAGUUACAACUCAUGGAAUAUCUUAAAAUUGCGGCAAGUGUCUAUUUUUGAUACUUUCCUGGGGUUUUAUUACACAGUGGAAGCGCUCCCAGGGACAGGAGAGUUUUCUGCGUUCCAACUACUUUCCUUAUUAUUCUUUUUUUUUUUUUUUUUUUUACUCGUCGGGAUUUUUUUUUUGCGGGGAGCCACAUGCGAUGUCACGGACAAUUAAAAGGAGAAAGAAAUGUUUGUGCUUAGUGCUGUGGUUACCGUACGAAGGUGUCUUUUGAGUUUAUUUUUUUAAACCAGUUGAGCGACUGGCGACAGGACUCUAUAAUCAAUGUGGUGUCAGCUGGAAGGACGCGGGGUCCGGAUCUCACCUAAACGUCAGUCAGGUGAGGUGAGAACUACCCAGACACAAUCCAAACUCUGCAGCUGAUACGUCUUGGGAGUGAUGCACUGGCUUCCCCUGGUUGCCAUGGUGAUUGCCUCGGCCCUGCCCUUCCCUCACAACCCUGUGUCCAGGAUUGCUGCCGCGACAACAGAGCCUGGCUUCGACAAGCGCAGAGAGCACCGUCAUGUGCAGGCCGCUCGCCUUGCAGCUCCCCCUCUGGACUACAACUUCCAUGGAAAUGCCUCACAAACCGACUACAACAUGGCUGCUGAUCUCAGCCAACGGACUGACACACAAAACCUCCAGGACAGUAAGGAUUAUGUGCAAUCCUCCGUAGAUGAAGAGACUCGCACGUUCAAAGUGGCAAGUCCAGAGACCCACCAAUCGAUAAGCGACUCAGGCAGCGAUGACAAACGCAGCGUCAGUUUGGAUGUUCCCAAAGGAGGAGGAACGCUCAGGACCGAGGAUAUUUCCAAGGAUAAUUCUUUACCAAAGGACUACAAAGCUGACAGCAGCAGCAGGCGAGAAUACUCCAGUGUUGUGGACUUUUCCAAGAAGGACAUUCUUGAGGACUCUAAAGAAAAACUGUUGCAGGUCUCUACAGUAGAAACCAAUAAAGCUGUCAACCCUGCUGCUAAUCUAAAGGUUCAAAGAGGACCAGAACCAACUCUUCCCUCGGACAAGCUGAGAAAUGCACCUACAACUAGGACAGGAGCUCAGUGGACACCUGGGGCUGAGAGAGUUCUGGCUGAGGAGAACUUGAACCUGGAGGCAGGUCUGGGUCUAGGGACUGGGCUGGACAGUAUCUUCGAAGGAGACGAGAUGUUUCUAGACGCACACCCCCGAGUCCUGUUCUCCCCCUCCCCAUCGCCUCCAGAGCAACCCCCUCUCCUGCUCAUGUUGGAGACUGGCCUGCUGGAGGAGGACAGGGACAGAGAGGAGCAGGAGGACAUGGACGGACACAUCGAGGGUCAUGGGGAUCGGGCGAUCGACAGGAGCACGACUCUGAGCUGGGCAGACUCGUCCAGAGUUACCAAGGAGGCCGUCCGUGCUGUUAAAAGGGAUAAACGCUCACAUUUGAUUGACAGGCGGAGAGGGGAAAAGUCGGUGUGCGAGUCGGAGAGCGUUUGGGUUACUGACAAAACGUCCGCCAUCGACUUGCGCGGUCAGAAGGUCACCAUCUUGCAGGAAAUCCAGACCCAGACAGGACCACUCAAACAGUACUUCUAUGAGACUCGCUGCCGCCAGGCCGAGCAGCAGAGCAACACUAGCAGUUCGAGGGCUGCCGGCGCAGCGCCGAGAUCUGUGGGGACGGGCGUAGCCGGGGCCGGCUGCUUGGGCGUGGAUAAAAAACAGUGGGUUAGCGAGUGCAAAGCCAAGCAGUCGUACGUGCGAGCGCUCACCAAAGACGCGGACAACCGAAUCGGAUGGAGGUGGAUCCGAAUCGACUCAUCCUGCGUCUGUGUGCUGCUGUCCAGAGCGAAUCAGGCGUUUGGGAGGGAGGUCUUGUCGAGGAAGGGGAGAGGCUGAGACAGAGAGAGGAGGGGGGGAGACAGAGAGAGAUGGCAAGAAGUAGAAAGUGACACAGAGCAGAGCAGCUGUGACAUCCGUCUGUGUGCACUUUCUCUUGCUGUUGGUGUUUCCUUUGGAUAUUUCUGCCUUAAUCCAGUUUUUUUUUUUUUCAGACAUCUCUCUCUCGUUUCCAUCCCUCCCUCCACCACGACUUCAACUGACUUUUGAAAAAAACAAGAAGACCUCAUUACUAGAUCUUAGGGAAAAUUUGUCAUAUAUAGAGAUUUUACUUUUAAAGUACUGUUUUUGUAUGAAUUAUCUUUCAUAAUCUAAGUUAUUUUUGAUUAGUAUGUAAGCAUGUGUAUGUCUUUGAUAUUAAUAUAUUCCUUUAUAUAUAUAUGUGUACGAUAUGACACCAGUAUACCUUUAUGUAUGAAGCUAUGUAUAUCUGUGUGUAUUUAUAGAAGAAGUCUUCAUGGAGUGGUAGGUCUCUCCAGUGUCUGAUGAUAAUUCCAGCCUCUGGUCCGCUCGGGUUGUGAGAGGAAGGAGCGCCACCUACUGAGGCUCCAUUUUACGACUCUACACUGUUCCCAUAUGGAUUACCAGGAAUACUGUAACAGUGCUUUGACGGGGGGGGGGGGGGGGGAAUGUAUUGGAGACAGAAUCUACAGCACGGGCACACUUAAGCAAAGGUUUCACUCAGGCUGAUGAUUCGACAGUUUUGUGGCAGGAUGCAUCUCCGUCCGUGGAUCUUUAUUAAAUGUGGCUCGCGAAUGUAAAACCAUGUGGUUUGUCUAUUAUAUGACACGCAGACAAGCACAUUUCACCAUCUGCUGGUUUGUUCAGUUUGCCUGCCAAAAGCGGUAAUAAAGGAUCUUUGUACUCUGCAAAUUAUUGUUACACAACUCAACUGAUGUAAAUGUGCCGAACUGAAUUCUCAAAGCACUCUGGGAUUCAUCUGGAAAAAGAAUCGUAAAUGCAAGUAGAAAGGCUGCAGCUUAUGAUUAUUGUUGAUUCAUCUGUCGAUUGUUUUCUCGAUCAAUCGAUUAG